AUGAAGUCUACUGUAGGAACAUCACUUUUGCUUUUGCUGAUUUUUGCUACUCUUACUUACUGCUUAGAUGCAAGAUUACAGGUUUGCCAGCCGAGUGGCAAAAUCAGAGGCAUAAAGCCACCACCAGGACAAUGUAACACCGAAAACGACUCAGAUUGUUGCAAAAAAGGCAAGAUGUACACCACUUACAAAUGUUCACCUCCAGUGACUGGUAAUACCAAGGCUGUUUUAACCCUGAAUAGCUUCCAAAAGGGUGGAGAUGGUGGUGGACCUUCGGAAUGUGAUCACCAAUACCACUCUGAUGACACUCCAGUUGUUGCUCUUUCAACCGGAUGGUACAGUGGAGGAGAUAGGUGCCUUAACUAUAUCACCAUAAGUGCUAAUGGAAGAAGUGUGAAAGCUAAAGUUGUAGAUGAGUGUGACUCUACCAUGGGAUGUGAUGACGAGCACGAUUAUCAGCCUCCAUGUCCCAAUAACAUUGUUGAUGCCUCUAAAGCAGUGUGGAAAGCCUUGGGUAUACCUGAAGGUAAUUGGGGUGAUUAUGACAUUACAUGGUCUGAUUCUUAGUGCAUCAUAUAUAGUAUUGAUGGUAUCGUUUGCAUAUGAUGGUUGUCUUCGUACUCAGAUUAUGUCAUCUAAUUUCUCAUGUAAUUUGUUGUUGUGAAAUUACAGUAUAAUUAAUGAAAUUCUGUUCAUGACUA